UCCAGCAGCACCCCAAACCAAAACGCGCGCGCAAGAACUCGCCGAACUCGUCGUCCACCCCACGACGUUCCUCCUGAUGGCUCCUGCAAUCGACCGCAUCAGCGCUCUCCCCGACGAACUCCUCGGCGAUAUCAUCUCCCUCCUCCCCCUGGAGGACAUGCUCCGCACCUCCGUGCUCUCCCGCCGCUGGCGCCGCGUCUGGACCUCCGCAAUCGCCCUCGACUUUACCGAUGCCGCAGACGGCGACGGCGACGACAACGUCUACAUCUCCAGAAUCGACCGCUGCCUGGAGCAGCUCUCCGCCUCCCCCUCCUGCACUGAGAUCCGCUCUAUCAUCUUCCCGGCCAUCCAAGACUCCGUCGUCGCCGACCGCUGGAUCCGCUUCGCCGCCGCCCACUCGGUCGAACGCCUCGAAUUCAUCGUCCCGACCGGCUGCCCCGCCCUUCUCCCCCUCUCCCUCUUCGAAUUAUGCCGCAGCCUCACCGUCCUCGACCUCUCCGGCUACGCCAUCCCCCCGCUCCCCGCCGCGUUCCCCUUCGGCCCCGCCUUCCCCUCCCUCCGCACCCUCUCCCUCCUCAGCGUCUCCAUCCCCACUCCCCAGGCGCUUCUCGCAUCGUGCCCGGCAAUCGAGCACCUCAGCCUGAGACUCUCCAGCGGCGUCGAUCGCCUCCCCGCCUCCAUCUUCCGCUCCUGCCCCCUCCUCUCCACCCUCCGCCUCAUCAACUGCUCCAUCCCCCGCGAGAACCGCUCCGCCUUCCGCCCUCCCGCCUUCCCCUCCCUCCGCGCCCUCGACCUCGACAUCGUCCGCAUCGCCACUCCCCACUUGCUGCUCGCCUCGUGCCCCGUCGUCACGGACCUCACAGUCAGGAACCCCCCGGAAGGCUUCCCUUUCCGCCUCGUCACCCGCCCCACCAUCUCCACCCUCCGGGUCUUCGGUGGGACCCUCCGUCCCACUCUUCCUGCCCCCUCCGUCCGCACCCUCGUCCUCUCCAAUCUCAAAAUCGUCAACCCACCGUUGCUCCUCCGCGAAUUCCAGGGCCUUCAGCUCCUCUCCCUCUACCGUGUCCGGAUCGAGCCCGGAGCCGAUUCGGGAAUCCUGGUUCAGGCGCCGAGGAUAAGGCACCUCAUGGUGCAGGACUCCGAUGAUCUCGGUUCCGUCGUCGUCGCCAAGACUCCCCAGCUCCGCCGCCUCUUCUACUGGGGCGACAUCCGCUUUCUACGGGUGUUCGAAGACGCCGUCCCGAAGCUGGAGGAGGCAUUUCUGCAUUCCACGGCCAAUAGUCCUUUCGACGGAGGAUACCCCCGGUGGAAGAUCUUGAUGCUGCCGAUCGCGCACGUUAGGCUUCUGUCCGUCAAUUGGUGGUUCAUUCAUGAGAGACAUGGAACUUAGGAGGUUCUUCGACAAAUGAGGAGACGAUCAACAUUGGCACCUACUGUCUAUGCUCAAAAUUGCCGUGCUACAAAGAUGAUUAGACUAGUAAUGUAGCUGACUACUGUUACUCGAGAGAAGAAAGAAACAUAGUAAGUUGAGUUAUAUCGCAGAUAGCUCGUAGCAGAGAAUGCGUUGCACCAGUAAAGAAUAGUGGUCUCACUGAGGUUGAAAGCAUGACCAGGAAAGACUUAAAAAAAAGCAUGCUUAGGGGCCAGCUCUGCCAGUGAGAGCUGUGGGAAGCAGAAAAUUGGCACUCUCGUAAGAAGCAGCAUUUCGUGCCUUAAUGCGCAUCAUAGAGAUCUUCAUUUCAGCGUCAAAAAAGUUAUGGAGAACCACAUCUCACGAUAGCUGGUUGAGAAGCAGAACCAAACAGAUCCUAAAAGGAGGUUUUGAGGUUUGAGAGAGAUAUCUGAACUGAGAUGAAAAUAGAUAUGCAUAUUAGCAGCGGAGACUUUAGGGGCAGUGAGCCAAUACAACCUGGCCUUAUUAGUGGUCCUAACUAGUGGUUAUAGACUCCAAAGUGGACCACAGCAUAUUGAUCUAAUACUAUAAGGAGCGCCUUGAUUUGGACAUAAAGGGCGGCUAUGAGCUAGACACGUGACUUUUGAUUCUUCAUUAUAUCUCCGAUUCUUUUCGUUUUCAUUCUCUUCUGUAUUAGUUGCAGAAAGAAUUUUCAUGGUGCAAGUACUAGCUUUUCAUGCUUCAAAUGUGGCACUACUAUUCUUUGUCAAUUCGAAAUGAUUGUACGAAUGUAUUCUGACACUAUGCGUAAAAGCAAUUCGACAUAUGUUCUUUUUGCCUUAUUAUAAUGCUUUCUCCUGAAAGUUUAUGCGAGGAUGUCCUGUUGGGAGUGAGCGGCUGAAAUUUGACAAACUCAAAGAGUUCCAUUGGUGGCCUGUGUACAAGAAAGAUGCAGUAGGUCUGUAUGAGCAAUGGU